UGUUUAAAUUUUGUGAAUUUUAUACUAUUUUUAAACAAUAUUUACACAUGAAUAUUUAGAUAGUUAAAUAUAUUCAAUUAACAGUUAGAGAGUUUAUGAAUAUUAUUUUUUAAUAACAAAUGUAAUAUUUUAUGAAACUGUUUAUCAUAUAAAAUAAGUAUUAGCGAAAAUGUUUGUGAUAAUUACAUUCCUUUUAAUUUCAACAAUAUGGAAAACUGGAGAAGGAAAAGUGUUCAAGAAUCAAAAAAAUUUGCAUCAACCUGGUGGAUUGAAUGAAAAUCAAAUAAAUACUCUUGCUCAGCUGUCGAAUUUGACUCAUAUGGAUGAAAUUUUAGAUAAUAUUUGUGUCGAAAGAGUUGUAGGGACAGAAAAACAUGAAGAAGUAAAAGAAUACAUACAUAAUUCGAUGGCAGAUCUAGGAUGGUCUGUGGAAAUUGAUGAAUUUUAUGCUGAUACACCAAUAUUCGGCAAUUUAAAAUUUAGCAAUGUGAUUGCAAAACUUAAUCCUCAUGCCACAAGGUAUUUGACGUUAGCUUGUCACUAUGAUUCGAAAUAUAUGUUUGGAAUGAAAUUUGUUGGAGCCAUAGACAGUGCUGUACCUUGUGCUCAAUUAAUUAAUACAGCCAAAGUCAUGAAUAAGCAGUUAAAUUCUGUCAAGAAUCAAGACGUGAGUCUAAUGUUCAUUUUCUUUGAUGGAGAAGAAGCAUUUGAAACUUGGGGACCAACAGAUUCAAUUUAUGGAGCAAGACAUUUAGCUAAAAAAUGGAGUAAAACGCCUUCUUUACAACAUUUGGGCAAUAAUAUUUCGGAGCUUGACAAAAUAGAUCUACUAGUUUUACUGGAUUUAAUAGGAGAUUCAAAAUCUAAAUUUCGCAACUAUUCUACGAAUAAAAAGCGAUGGUAUGAGCUAUUAUUAUCGGCUGAAGCUUAUCUAGCUAGUUUGGAAUUAUUUGAAAACUAUUCUUAUGGAUACCAAAAGUAUUUUGAGGAGUACUCUACACCAUCUUAUAUCGAGGAUGAUCAUAUUCCAUUCCUAAAGCGAAAUGUACCAGUUCUUCACAUCAUACCCUACACCUUCCCAGAAAUCUGGCAUACUGAGGACGACAAAAGAGAAAAUAUUGAUUUGCAAGCAACUGAAAAUAUCAACAAAAUUCUUCGUCUAUUUAUAGCAUCAUAUUUACAUAUUAAUGUUUAAAUAUGUUUUAACAUUUUUGUACUUAUAUUUGUUUAUUUCAUGUUGAACGUGAAGAGAUUUACUUGCCCAGAGAAUUUUAAAAACAGUUAUAUAGAUAAUUGAAAUUAUUUAAAAGUAAUACACUGGAAAGGGUAAGUGUAGAAGUAUGUGUUAUGCCCAGAAUUUGCAUAAAAUUUUUUAAAACGACAAAUUUUAUCUAGAAAUCAUUAUUUAAAUCAAUCAAUAUUAUUGAAAUUUAAAAAUUUCUCGAAAAUUAAAGCUAAUUAUUGGAUGUGUGUUUUUAUUUCAUAAAUUAAAUUGCUUUGUGUCAAAGAGUA